AGCGAGUCACUGGCAGACGCGUCUGGCUAUAAAGCCCUAGCCUAGCCCAGCGUGCGCAUAGCUGCUAAACAGACCAUGCGAGAGAGGAGUGGGUGAAUUGUGAAUUUACACAAAGCACUGGUUUUGCUGCAUUUCGUACCAGGUCAAGCUUUUCGGACGCACUUUUGAAGGACUACUAACUAUCUGGUUGAAUUACCAACUUUUAGACGCGUGUCUUCAUUUCGUUGCGGCUUGGAAGUUUAUAAAACAACACAAUGGUGGCGAUGACAAAAGGAGUCAAGGUCUUCGAGAUCGCCUUCAGCGACCCGUCCAAGACCUUUUACUGCAGUGGAGAUAAAGUGUCCGGGAAGGUGCUGGUGGAGGUGUCGGAGGUGACCAGGGUGACGGCCGUGAGGGUGCUGGGAGUCGGGUGCGCUAAGGUGGAGUACGCCAAAGGCAAACAGAGAUGCCGUGAAGAAGUGGACUAUCUGAAGUAUGAAGACCUUGUCCACCUGGAUGACCAACCAGCAGACACCGAUGGUUCGGUCAUCCUCCGUCCUGGCAACAAGUAUGACUACUCAUUUGGCUUUGAGCUUCCUCAACAAGGGCAACUGGUGUCUUCCUACAAGGGCAAGUUUGGGCACGUUCAAUACUUCGUGAAGGCUCUGAUGGAAAGACCCGCUCAGCCCGCCCUGGAGUGUAAGAAGCACUUUGAGGUUGAGGAGCCCUUGGAUGUCAACACCCCAGACUUGCUGUCCCCUACUGGAGGCAUGAAGGAGAAGAAGGUCACCUGCAUGUUCAUCCCAGACGGCCAGGUCUCUCUGAACGCCAAAAUCGACAGGCGUGGCUUCUGCGAGGGUGAAGAGAUCUGCAUCGAUGCCAAGUUUGAGAACACCUGCUCUCGCAUCGUGGUACCCAAAGCGGCCAUCGUCGCCAAGCACACCUACCAGGCCAACGGCCGCACCAAGGUCUUCAGGCAAAAACUCUCCUCAGUACGUGGCAACCACAUCAUCUCUGGUCAGAAGACCACACCAGGUGCUACUCCUGUCAGCUAA